GGGAAGGUGACACUGGGUCUCUUGCUCUCAGAAGGUGGGUGCGGUAGGUAUAUAUUGCUCCGGGAAGCCACCGCUUUGUUUUGCCAGAGAGACACACCCAAAUCUGAUCUUUGGAUUCUUUUUUUCUUCUCAAGAGUGAUACUCAAGCAAAGAAACCUCACAAAAGCAAGAUCAAGAUAACCAUCAUGUCUUACAACGACGACAAUGUAUGCCAGCUAACCAGCCACUCAUGAAACUAUCUGCCCAUACCCAUACCCAUAACCCCAACCCUAUAUCUAUGGCAAACGUUCCAAUCGUGCCGUGUGUCUUGUCAACUAACACAUUUUGCAGCAACGUGGAGGUGGUGGCUACGGUGGUGAUGACAGCUAUGGAUCGAGCGGACGUCAAGGUGGCUUUGGCGGCGACGACAGCUAUGGCUCCUCUGGCCGGACCGGAGGCGGCUUAGGCUCCGACGAUACAUACGGCAGCAGUGGCCAAACCGGUGGUGCCACUUCUGGAGGUGAUCAAUAUGGCAUGGGCUCCGGCCGCGGCGGAGACCAGUCCCUCGGUGGUUCAGGAGGAGGCUACGGCGGCGGCAAUGACUCUUACGGCUCCUCUGGUCGCACCGGCGGUGGUUUAGGUUCAGAUGAUACCUAUGGUAGCUCGGGCGCGACUGGAGGUGCAACAUCCGGCAGAGACCAGUACGGAACAGGCUCUGGACGUGGCGGCGACGACUCGUAUGGCUCUUCUGGCACUACCGGUGGAUACGGUGGCGGCAACACUGAUUCGUAUGGUUCCUCUGGCCGUACUGGCGGUGGUGGUGGCGGAUAUGGUGGGGGUGAUGACUCGUACGGCUCAUCUGGUCAGUCUGGUGGUGGCCUGGGUCAAGACGACACCUAUGGAAGCGCAGGUGCGACUGGUGGCGCGACCACGGGCCGGGAUGAUCAGUACGGGACGGGCUCAGGCCGCACCGGCGGUCAACAGUCCGGUGGAUAUGGCGCCAGCUCUGGAGGGUAUGGAGACGAUAGUGGUUCGCAGGGUGGUGGUAACAACGAUAGCACAGCAGGAAAGCUCAUGCAGAAGGCUGGCGAUUUGUUCAACAAUGACAAGUUGAGGCAGAAAGGUGCUGAGAAGCGAGGAGAUGCCGGAGGAUAUGGCGACAACAGCAAUGACUAUUGAGGUUGACUGCUGAGUAAUUGGGCAGUUUGUCCACCCUCACACAUGAGACGAAUGACCAGGACUGGAGAAUAUCAUCAGGACCUUAUCAUAGGUAAAUGUCUGUAAAGAGGUAGUCAGGUUAGUCGGAGCAAUGUAUGCAUUAUGACUAUCCAAGCUUGCCAAAUGUCUGCUACCUGAGUACCUGUAAUCAAGUGCAUUUGCCCG